CUUUUCGUCCAAAUCUAUGUAGGACGUGGCGUCUGCAUUGAGGUUCACUUGCGGCAAAAGAAACGUGCUUUUUUCCACCCCGCUUCAUUUCGUGCAAAGACAACAAACAGCAACCUGGACUACUCUUCCGAAACAGGAAUGGUUUAUCCUCCCGAAGGUUUAUUCUACAUCGAAAUGGAUCAAGCACCUCCAGCUCUCCCUCCCAGGUCAACAAAGCCAGUGUCUUCCACCAUGAACAACAAUGGCCUUUCACCACCUGCGUAUUCACUACAGGAUGCCGAAUGGUAUUGGGGAGAUAUAACUAGGGAUGAGGUGAACGAGAAGCUCCGGGACACACCUGAUGGAUCGUUUGUGGUGCGUGACGCAUCCACAAAGCUUCAAGGAGACUUUACGCUGACGUUAAGGAAAGACGGGCACAACAAGCUGAUCAAGAUUUACCACCGUGAUGGGAAGUAUGGGUUCUCGGACCCCCUCACAUUUACUUCAGUGGUGGAACUCAUUUGGUACUAUCAGCACCAUCCGUUGGUGGAAUAUAACGCCACACUGGACCUGAUGCUCACCCAUCCUGUGUCCCGCUCCCAGCAGGUGAAAGAAGACAAUGUUGAUGUUGCUGGAAGAAAGCUCAAGGAAGUCCACUGUCAGUAUCAAGAGAAAACAAAGGAGUUUGAUCGUCUAUAUGAAACCUUCACAAAGACCUCACAGGAGAUCCAGAUGAAGCGAACAGCAAUUGAGGCCUUUAAUGAGACAAUGCUGAUCUUUGAGGAGCAGUGUCGCGAACAGGAGCGUUACGGGGAGGAGUUCGAGAGGAACAAUCAGACCGACGCAGCUGACAAAGAUCUGGAGAGCUUUCUGAUAAAUUAUGAGAAGCUGAAGUGCCGUCUUGGGGAGAUCUACGACAGCAAAAUCCAUCUGGAGGAGGACUUGAGGACCCAAGUGGAGGACUACAGAGAGACAGACCGGAAGAUGAACAGCUUGCGACCUGACCUCAUCGAGCUACGCAAUAUCAGAGACCAGUACCUGAACUGGCUUAAUCACAAAGGCGUACGGCAGAAACGCAUAAAUGACUGGCUGGGGAUACUGAGCGACAGCCUUGACGACACAUACGUGUUGAAGGGAGAUGAGAAGAAUUUGCCACAUCAGGAUGAGACGAGUUGGUUUGUUGGUGAGAUGAGCAGGACGCAGGCCGAGGAGAUGCUUCAGGGUAGAGCUCCUGGAACGUUCCUGAUCCGCGAAAGCAGCAAACAAGGAUGCUACGCCUGCUCCGUUGUUGUGAAUGAAGAAGUGAAGCAUUGCAUGAUCUACAACACACCACAUGGGUACGGCUUUGCCGAGCCCUACGACGUCCACUGCUCACUGAAAGACCUUGUCCUGCACUAUCGCCUGCACUCCUUGUUGCAACACAAUGACGCCCUGGAUGUUCGGCUGUCACAUCCAGUACACGCCAAAGCCCCAGCCACGCCUUCGCAACAUGCAGAGGAACACAAACUCUUACAGACUCCUAAACACACAACGGGGCUCCCGCCUGCCGCUCCCGAAAUGUAAUUGAAUGGAGAGAGACAGAAAGGACAUGUUUACUGUAUCCUGCGAGAACGACUGCAUCGAGGUGCAUUGUGUAAAGUUUUGCACUACAGUGAUUCCAUCGGUGUUUGUGAAUGGGAUUUCACAGAUUGAAGUGGGACCGUAACUUGAAUGUCAGCUUGAACUUUGGGAGGGGGGGGGGGUUGUUUUUUGUUUGUUUUCAAAGAGACUGUUUAAGCUUUCAAAAAAAUGUUUUGUACUUCAUUUAUUGCCGUUUGUUUAAUGGACACCUUUUUGGUAGGGAUGUCGACAACCACAAAAUUGCUCACUGAGGUCAGGUGCUGCAUCUUUGUUUGACUUUUACAACCGAAGUUGGAUGUCCAUUUUCCCUAGUUAAAAUGUAUUCAGUUCUGAGAAUAUGACCAAUAGGUUACAUAUAUUAUAUUGGGUUGCUACUACUUAGUGCGUUUGUGAGGGGAAAGAUGGUGCUGUAAACAGGAUGUUUCCGUCAUACCGGUUUGGUGGACCAAACCAUUUUUUGGGUAAAUGCCACGUGUGAAUAUGUGAAAAGUCGUGGUGCAUCUUGAAAAUUUCCCCCUUUCUUAACAAACAUUCAUAUACAGUGGAUAUUAUGUAGCAUUAACAUCCUGUAGAAUACCAUUGUAUUAGCAUAUUCAAUGUUAUACCCAUUGACCAAAGCACUUAAUUGUGAGCAAAAACACAUCCCUGUUUAGUCCAGUAAAUGCAUUUGGGCAAGGGGAGGGCAAUUUAUGUACACCUGCUGAUGUGCUGAUCAAAACAUAAUCUGAAGUACUGUAUGUUAUAUUCUGUUACUCAAAGAAGUAUAAGCUUUUUGUAUUCUAUAUAUAUUUUUUCUAUAAACAUGCCACAAGAUGAAAGCUUGAAGAAAGUGCAAUCCAACAGUAUUUCUAUUGUUGCAAUGUAUGAUGAUGAUGAUGGUGGUGAAGGUGAUGCUGUUAUGAGAGGUUGACAUUUGCCACAAAAAUGCACUCUCUUUGGUGGUGUUGGUAUGAUGUGGCCUCCUAUGUUUGUGUGAACUGCCAGAGGUCCGGAAGUAUCCUGCCUCCAUUACUUGAACUGUGGCAUUGCUCUAGCUAUGAAUGUUUUUCAUGACAUGCAGCCUACAUAGCUUAAGAGGAAAGGAAUCCAUGUUGAACUUGGCACAUUUUUCAAGUUUGAGGACAAUAGAUACUCUGUACAGAGAAACUGUAAAAUGUAUUUCCGAGGUUGGUUCAUGGAAGGAGGGUGAUUUAGCCUCUUGUAUUAAAAAAUACUCCACUGGGGGGAUUGAGGAAACUCCUCGAGUGAAGCUGAGCAAUGUGAGAGACCUUUUUCUUGCUAA